AUGUGGUGCAAGGUUAAUCGCAAUCGUCUGCGAGUUCCGGUGCAACGUUUAACACCAAGUCUUCGUCCAUUUAGUUUUGUUGGAGUAGACUACAUGGGACCGUUCGAAGUGACCGUGGGACGCAGAAGGGAGAAACGGUGGAUAGCACUAUUCACCUGCCUGGUUACGCGGGCGGUGCAUCCUGAGGUCGUACAUGGACUGACAACACAAUCGUGCUUGAUGGCGAUAAGUCGUUUCAUUGGACGACGAGAUUGGCCAAUAGAGUUUCUGUCGGAUAACGGGACCAAUUUCCAAGGGGCAAGCAAAGAGCUGGUGGCACUCAUUAAGGACAUCGAGUUUGAUUGUGCAGACGAGUACGCAAACGCUAAAACGAAAUGGACGCUCAAUCCUUCCGCUUCACCCCACAAGGGAGGUGUGUGGGAACGCUUAGUCCGCUCAACGGUGAUUGUGGAAGCCGAGCACAUGAUAAACUCCCGACCUCUCGCAUAUACGUCUCAGGAGUCUGAGGAAGCAGAAGCUUUGACUCCAAACCAUUUUUUGCGUGGCCCCCCCUCGAAGCGACAAGACGUAGGUAUCCCGCCGGCAAAUCCUAGUGAAGCUCUGCGGGAUGCGUACAAACGAUCACAACAGUCGUGA